ACGUCACACUCCCUGCGUGCUGCGUCACAGAGUCGCGUGCUGUUUAAACCUCCAGCGGGCUAACUACUCAGCAAGUUUGACAGGAUUACCGUCAAAUAACACCAGAUAGGAGGUAAACAUUAACCAGGACGGUGUGUUUGCUCUCAGGAGAAGUUCCUUUUUUUACUUUACAGGGUAACAUGGCGACCAACAGCUCUGUGUGGUGUAAAGGACACAUAUUGUGGAAGUAUUCUGUGAAUCUGCAUCAAGCUACCAGGAGGUUUUCAGAGAGUGCCGACAAAGGCUGGUUGCGUUCCUUAUUUGUGCACAAAGUGGAUGCCAGGAAAGAUGCCCACUCCAACCUGCUGUCAAAGAAGGAGACCAGCAACCUCUAUAAAAUCCAAUUUCACAACGUCAAACCAGAGUGCCUUGAAGCCUACAACAGUUUAGAGGCUGAGGUGCAAAACAGGCUCCAUCAGGACGAGGACUACCCCUGUGAGGUGGUUGGAAGCUGGAACACCUGGUAUGGGGAGCAGGACCAAGCAGUGCAUCUGUGGCGCUACAGAGGAGGUUACCCAGCCUUGACUGAAUGCCUGACAAAGCUGAACAAUAACAAGGAGUAUUUGGAGUUUCGAAAAGAGCGGGCAAAAAUGUUGAUUUCAAGGCGAAACCAGCUCCUCCUGGAGUUCAGUUUCUGGAAUGAACCCUUUCCAAGACCAGGACCCAGCAUCUAUGAAAUGCGUACCUAUAACCUCAAGCCAGGAACUAUGAUUGAAUGGGGAAACCACUGGGCGAGGGCUAUCAAAUACAGACAGAAGAAUAAUGAAGCGGUGGGAGGGUUCUUCUCACAGAUUGGCGACCUCUAUGUUGUUCAUCAUUUGUGGGCCUAUGAAAGCCUCCAGUCCCGGGAUGAGACCAGGAACUCUGCCUGGAUGAAGCAGGGGUGGGAUGCAAAUGUGUAUUAUACAGUGCCUUUGAUCCGAAGCAUGGAGUCUAGAAUAAUGAUUCCCACCAAGAGUUCCCCUUUACAAUGAGAAGAUGACUGAAACAAGUUCUCAACUGACUCUGGACUGAAGCUAUUUACCUAAAGAAGCAUCCAUACUUUUUAAACUGCUUGAUAAUCAAUGUUUUGUCCAUGCAUGUAAGCUAAAACAUUUCCAAACCUGCAGCAGCCAGCCAUUAUUAGAAAAAGGGUGCGGUGUUUGUGUGAAUGUAUUUGUGAAAGUCCCAGAAGCCCCUGUGUUUCAAACAGUUUAGGUCAAAUGUGGAAAAAGGAAUGGUGAUAAUGCACAAUGAAAUGCUAAAUUAUACGCAUUACAUUAUUAGAGACAGGUGUGGUAUUUUUCUGUUGUUUUUGUUUUUUUAUCAUGAAUAAGGGUAACGAUCCGUGUAUUUGAAUUCACUCUGAAAGAAUAGUCUCCACCCAGGCUUUUAUGAUUACACUUGUAUGACUUCAUCAUGAAUCACUGAAUGGGUGGCACUAAGUUUCACAUCGAUCACCAUGAAUCCUGUGCUUGAGAAAACAGAACAUGCCAGACUACCUCACAUAUUAAAACAUUUAAUUACUUAUAAGAUUAUGUGAAAGAAGCCUACCCGGAGCAGAAAUGUAACUUCUGGUAUGAAAUGGUCUGUACUUUCAAAAUAAAUGUUGACUAGCUCAAA